UGACGCAAAUGCGAGCGAGGUGAUCGGGUAAAAAUUUCAAGAGAAAGCAAUAAAUUAUUGAAUUGAUAGUUCUUAUCGUGUAAGGAAUAAUUGUCGACGUCGAACCGUGUACACGUGCCGAUGUCAUUAUCAUUUGUUUAUUGUAAAGUGACCAAGUGGGUGAUAUAUUAACAAUAACAUAAUUGAUUGUGUGUGAAAAAUUACAUUUCUUUCCCGUUUCGAUAAGGAUGCAUUUACGGAGUUUAUUUAUUGUAUUUCUACUAUCAUUUGCGUGUGGACAAGACAGACAGAUAAUAUCAAGCCUAAACCCUGGCUGCGAAAACUGUGACGUCACCCUCGUCUAUGUCAAAGCCGUCGGCAGCCAUGACACCGUCCACCAGCUAUGGGACUUCUCCCGAGGCAUGCCCACCAUCAUAUACCUUAUCACCAAGCUCAAUUCUACGGUAGAAGUCACGUGGGAUGGCAAGGAGCCUACCCAGUUUAAGAUUACUGAUAGACCAGUUUACAGCUUUGCUGCGACUAUUGAUAAGCUGCAAGAAUACAAUGACAUAAACAGCACCGGUCAAAUAGACAACAAAUGCCCACAGCGGCCAGUUCCCCUCCGUGACGUGGUGUGGAAGCGAGGAGACACCGUCCUCACUGGUGACGAGGUCAUGGUGCACAUGCGAGGAUACUUCCCCGACGCCCGGCAGAAGGGCACUGUUGACAUGAAGCUAGACUUGCUCCCCUACAAAGACUACGCAGUGGAACUUCCCCAUCUCAUCCACACAGCGAACUCAACCCUCAUAGACGUCAGCCUGGUGAACCUCACGACUUCCCGCGACUAUAACGCGUCACGGUUCGCGAUUCAUCUGACCCUGGUCAGCACGGAUGCCUGGAGCGAUGCUAUGAAGUAUACCAUGAGGAAGAGCCUUGAUGAUGAGCAUACUCCUGGAGUUUUUGAGAUCUUCGAGAUAAAAACGCCGCGGUCCGUGUCUUCGGACGACGGCGGCUACGUGCAGUUCCGGCCGGUCAGCUACACGGAGCCCGAGCGCAGUGUCUCGUCCUCUACCAACGCUUAUAUCAGUAAUUUUACUAGCACACAUCUCCCCAAAUCGAGCACUCUCCGUAUAUUCUACCGCGACUUCAACCGCGACAAUCUACUAGUACAAGACACGUUCAUAUCGUUCGGCCUGCCCGGCGACGGCAAUUAUAAGCAACAUAAUUAUACUUCUUGGUCAUUUUCAAUAGGCUACGGAGUUCCCCCAGUAGAAAAAUUCUCUCUCUUCGUGAUCAUCAUAAUUUCAAUCGGCCUAGGCGUUCCAGUGCUCCUGGCUCUAUCAGGCAUUACCUAUGUCUUGGCUCGAAGGUGUAAGCAAAGAAACCCCCCCACCAGGUUCACUGAUGACGAGUAAAAAAGGUAAAAAUGUACUGUAGUUUUGGAAUGAUUGGUUUUCUUACAUAUCUAUAUGGUAUGCAGAAAUAUGUAAAAAUAUAUAAUUAUUGUUACAUUUUUCAAUUUUGACGUGAAAACCCGGUGCGUCUGAAUAGCCAUUUUUGAUAAAAAAAAGUCCUGAUGUGUAGAUUAUUUUUUGGGAGAGUAAGUGCCGAUAAAUAUAAAAAUGUGAUCUUUAUGACACACAAUAUAGGUAUAGAAAAGCAUAAAUUAUAAUCGGCUCUUAAGCCAAUGCAUGGCAUAUUAAUGGUGCACAAAUAAAUUAAUAAAUAUUUAAAUGUGAUUAGAAUGAAUAUUGAAUUUAACUAAUAGUAUUAGAAUAGAAUUGAAUGUUACCCAAAUUGAAUGAAUCAUAGUAUAAUUUUGUGCACUAUUAUUUAUGAGAACUUGACGAAAAAAUAUCAAACACUUAUUAAAUGACGCAAAUAUUUGCUUAGCACUUAAGUAGUUAUAAUUAUUUUUAUAUAAAUCGUAGAUGGAAAUCUAUCUUUUAAAUGAAAUCUUAUAUGGCCGAGACUUAGUCCAAUUGACAUCGUAAUUUAAGUUAAUAACGAUCCAUUUAUAAAAUAGUUUAUUUUAUAUACAUUAUUCUUUCAGACGUUCUCUUAAAUUAUUUCGACAAUAAAAAAUAUUUUUAUGUAUUUUUUUUGUUGACUGUGUUUUUUUUUUGACAUUGCAUUAUUUUUUAAUUGAAUCAAUCGUAGUCAGAUUAAUUUUGACAUUGUAAAUUACAAGUCGUGUAUGUGGUUUUCAUAUAUCCAUUUCAAGUGCCUGUCAAUGAAAUAUUUUCUUCUAUAAGUUACAGUUUGAGAAUGAGCGCUUUCAAAUAAGCGGAUUAUUAUUAUUAAACAAAACAAUUACUACUACCGGUUCGAGAGAUAACACCCGAAACCCUUCGUACUUGUAUCUCCAAAUAAAAUUGGGAUAACGUAUACGCGGUGCUAAAUCCGCUAGUGUGAAAGUGCUCUCAUACAUCAGUGCAUAAGUUUAGGUGGUUUAAGAAAGCUAAUUGAGAUCUUUUUUUUUAAUAUCUAAUUUCUUUAAUUAUUAAUUUCAUCACCAAAUUCCCAUUUCAUUUCUAUAUAUUAAAACUUUAUCUAGGCCUUAGAAAAUAUACUUUUGUACAUAAGUAAUCAAAUAUUGUAUAAAAUUUAACAGUGCUAUGUUGAAUUAAUGUUAAAAAUUAUAAUAUUGUUCCAAAAAUAUGACGAUAAUGUGAUGUUACAGUAUUUGAAACCUGUUGAAAACCAUGAAAAUAACUAUUAUAUCGCAUUAGUUUUAAGAUUUCUCAUUUUGGCUAUUUUUUCUAUAAUUGUUCUUUUGUGAUACGAUACAUUUUUAAAUAUUCGGUUUUUCGACUUUUAUUGCAAUUCAUAUUUUUUUGUAACUUCAAGGUUUGUUAAUCUCAGAAAAGUAAUUGUUUGUACACAGUUAUAGUAUGAUUAGAUAAUCUAAAAACUACCAUGGAUCUUUGGUACCUAUUUCAAGUUAUAAAUUAAUUAAUUGAAUUGAGUGACUUCAACAUUGAUUGUAAAUUACAUUUAUUUUUAUAAACGAAUUUUGUACGUUUUUGUAAAUUAUUUUGUAGGCUUGAUCGUUAGCUUUGUAUUUUCUGAUGUGAUAUUAAUUUUGAUUAUGUCUACUUGUUUUGUAAAUAGGUUUAUGUGUUACGAAAUAAAUGCACUAGUAUUGUAAAAAA